AUGGAAGAGGACCUUUCAGACCUCCUCGACACCCACCAGGACCGACCGACCGAAGUCAGACGUCGAGACCAGGUCAAGAUCAUCACCACUCCCUGGACCGGAACACAGACACUGCGAACAGCACGCGUAACAGUCGAAGCGGGAGUAAAAAGGUUUCACUUUAGGGCAUCGAGGACAUAG